CUGACUCGGUGCGAAAGUCGAGUCGAGUCGAGACCAAGCCAAAGUCGUCCGUCCGUCGAGAGCCGGCUGACUCGCAUCCUUGCUCCUCCUCAUCACCAUCGCGACCAGAGCAAGCAAUCCGAGGCUGGAUAGACAAUAUGGCAGCCACUCGCACUCCCUCAUCGACCUUCCUCUCACUCUGGAACACGGCAGCGAAGGGAAAGAGUCGUGCCCAGCCCCUCUUCAAUCAAGCCCGCAGCAUCAGCACCACCAGCAAAGCAGCAUCGCCGUCCGUAGCUGCCGCCCCGUCGGCAGCCUCGACAUCGUCAUCCGCCUCUGCUGCACCCCCCCAAGCUCUCACCACCUCGACCUCUCACGCCCUCUCCCUCCUCCGCACCCAACCUUCCCACUACAUUGUCGCCUCUCUCGUUGGGCGAGUAUUCACUCUCCAUCCACGCGACGUCGUAACAGUACCUCGCCUACGGGACGUGGAAGUCGGCGACGUGCUAGAGCUGGACCGCAUCCACGAGGUGGGUAGCAGGGACUAUACGCUCCGAGCGCAGGACCCCAUGGGCGGGCGAGAACGAGUCGCAGCCGAUAUGGCCAAGAGGAGACGGGUCGAGGGAGGACCACAAAGCGUCGCCUCACGCCUCGCGGCGGCUGCUGCUGCUGAAGGGUCACAAGAGCCUCUACGCCUCUCCUCUAGCUGGACGACGCAGCAUCUCCUCCCUGCUGGGCUGGCCCACGCUGGUGCCGUGCUGAGCCCGCAAACGGUGCGAGCGCGGGCGGUAGUUGUGGAGCAUACCAAGGGGGCAUUGGAGAAGAUUGUCAAGUUCAAGAGGAGGAAGGGGUACAAGAAGACGAUUCAGCACAAGCAGGGGUACACGCGCAUCAGGCUCGAGGCGGUGCGAUUGGGCGAGGCGUAGGCGCGGGGAGAAGCUGCGAUUGGGUAUCGUUCCGGAUGGAGCAGAAUGUCAAUCGCAUUACAUUGACCAGCAGGGAGGGUAGUCUGGCUCCUUCACUUUGCCUUCUUGCGGGUGAGCAUAGCGCUGCCACUCUUGGAAGCCGCACCAAUCCCCAUGCCCACGCCCAGCAGCAACCCAAGUCGUGCGGAUAUGGGCAGGAUAGUGAGGAGCAUCGUGAGCCAUUCUGUCGUCUUUGUCCAUUUCCAGCUGUGGAGAGAGAGGGGAGAGAGCGUGAGGUCAGGGCGUCGUACUGGACGGAACAGUCUGCUGCGACGAGGCGACUCACGGGCUCACAACCUUGAUCAAUCCCCAGUCUUGCACGAUAGCAUACACGUACAUCGCAUCGCUGAGUAAAAAAGCCGUAGCGCAUUGCUUCCACACCUUGAG